GCUAUCAUAUGCCUAAGUAAACACAAAAAAUGGUGAAAGGGGUAUCAAGAAAUUUGGGUUAUUAUAGGGUACUAAUCUUUUUCAUCGAUAUGAUGGUGGCAAUGUUGCCGUUUAGCCUCCAAAUAGUGUCGGAAACAACUGUUUUUAAUACUUCCUCACAAAUAGCUAUAGCCCUACCUAAUUGCCCCGAAAAGUGUGGCGAUACCCAAAUACCAUAUCCGUUUGGUAUUGGGGAAAAUUGUCACUACAAGCAUCCUAAAGAUGGUAUUUAUUAUAGUGUCACUUGUAACACAAGUACAAGUCCUCCAAGUUUAAUUUAUGGUGAUAGCCUAGAAGUAACCAAUAUUACGCUAGAGGGUAAUAUCUGGGUACGUAACUUUGUUGCAUACGAUUGUUUUAAUUAUACAGAAGAAAUGCAUUAUAAACAGAAUACCUCUGUCAGAAUGAAUAGAUUUGUUGUCUCAACCACUCAGAAUUCACUUGUUGCAAUUGGUUGUGAUACUUAUGUAUGGUUCAAUAGUGUAGGUAUUACAAAUUCAUCAACACAAUACCAUUCCGGGUGCAUGACUACGUGCAAUGAGGAACAAGGAAAUAGUGUGGGUAGUAUGUGCUCUGGAAUUGGUUGUUGCAGGGCCUUCAUUCCAAAUGGAGUGUACAACGUCAGCGUACAAGCCAAGAGUUUCUAUAAUCACUCGUAUGUGGUAGAUUUCAACCCAUGUAGCAUUGCUUUUGUGGUGGCAAAUGAUGCAAUGCCCUCUCCAAAAGAGUAUCUACCCAAAAAUUUUGCAUAUGUUGAAAAAUUAAAGCUUCCAAUGGUCUAUAAUUGGUCAAUUGGAACAAAAGAUUGUCUCACUGCGCAAGCAGCCGAAGAGCCAGAUUACAUAUGCAAGGGAAAUAGCACGUGUGUUGACUUGCCGGACGAACGGGGCUACCGCUGCCAAUGUAAGCCUGGGUUCCAAGGGAACCCCUACCUUCAUGGUUGCCAAGAUAUUAAUGAAUGUAAAGGAAAGCAUUCGUGUAAAUCACCAGCAUUUUGCGUCAACACCGACGGAGGUUAUGAUUGCUUGUGUCCAAAAGGCUACAAUCGCCGCAAUAGUACAAAUAAAGAUCUUUGUAUUCAUAAUACAGGAAGCAUAUCAAUUAUAAUCAUCCUAGGUGUUGGAGGUGGCAUAAUUGCUUUCUUCAUAGGUGCGUUAUGGCUCUAUUGGCAGCAUGGGCAACGGCAAAUCAAAAAAAUGAAGGAGAGUUUCUUUUAUCAAAAUGGCGGCCACAUUUUAGAGACUAAACUCAAAAGACGAGACAUAUCCAUGGGAAGCAUUGUUAAGAUGUUCACUGUAGAAGAGAUUAAGAAGGCUACUGAUAACUAUAGUGUAAGCAGCAUCAUAGGCCGAGGUGGUUUUGGCAUGGUUUAUAAAGGUAUAUUAACGAACAACCAAGUAGUUGCCAUCAAAAAGUCUCUCAAAGUAGAUUCUAGUCAAGUUGAGCAAUUUAUCAAUGAAGUCAUUGCAUUGUCUCAUGUCAACCAUAAGAAUGUGGUAAAAUUAUUAGGGUGUUGCUUGGAGACGGAAGUACCAUUACUCGUGUAUGAGUACAUAAGAAAUGGUACAUUGUAUGAGCAUUUACAUGAUGAACAUAAAACUCGUUUACUAACGUGGGAUGUUCGAUUGAGGAUAGCUACAGAAGUUGCCGGGGUCUUGGCAUAUUUACACACUAUGACUACUAUACCGAUUAUUCAUAGGGACAUAAAGUCUAUGAAUAUACUUUUGGAUGAAAAUUAUAUUGCAAAAGUUUCCGAUUUUGGUGCUUCAAAGCUUGCACCAACAAAUCAAGAUCAGUUAGCAUCAAUGAUUCAAGGAACAUGCGGUUAUCUUGAUCCUGAAUACCUUCAAACUGGUGAUCUAACUGAGAAAAGCGACGUUUAUAGCUUUGGCGUUGUUCUUGCCGAGCUACUAACUAGGGAGAAGGCGCUUUCUUAUGAAAGAACAGAGGAUGACAAGAAGUGUCUCACGUCUUAUUUUCUUCGUAAUCUUAAGGAUGAUCGCUUGUUGGAGAUCCUCGAUGACAACAUAAAGAGUGAUGGAGCACUAGUGCAAAUUAAGGAAGUCGCAAAUCUUGUAAAAAGGUGCUUGAAAGUGAAAGGAGAGGAUCGUCCGACAAUGAAGCAGGUUGCAAGAGAGCUAGAAGAUAUCAAAGAGAUAGGCUCACAUCCGUGGUCGGACAAACGUGGAGUACUACUUCAAAAAGAGAGUGAAUAUUUGGUUGGUGAGAUACAAGUUAACAGCAAUGACUACAACAACAGCAUCACUGCUAUGAACGAUUCUUCUUCGAAUAGUCAGAGUAGAGUUGUGUCAUUGGUGCCUUUGAAUGAUGGGAGAUGAUCAUUGUGCUCACAAUAAGAAUUUGAGGGAUUUUUUUUUUUUAAUGGAUUGAAUUUUAGAUUGGAAGACAUUAAA